CAUGGCGGAUGACAGGGAAAAUUAGCGCCGAGCAGCAAUUUAACUGAAGCAGGCCGAUCCAGCUGGAAGAUACCGAAAUUAGCAUGGAUCUCAUAGAAAGAGUACAAAGGGAACUUUCCAGCGAAGAGCGGUGUAUACAAUGCACCACUGGAGUUCUACUGAAGGACAACAAUAAAGUUAGUUGUCUUAUAGCUCUUAUUGCAAGGAAUCUGGAUACUGGAUUAAUCAUCUUCCAGUGGAAAGAUGAAUCAUCUUUUAAAGAACCUUACCUUAUUGUCCUGUACAUUUUUGCUAUUCGAGGACCUUUUUCACUUACAUCUGUUGCUGAUCCACCAAGUAGCAAUGGCAGCAGUAAAGAGGGUAUGGUCAGGUUUCAGAUCUUGACUGAUGACCAGACAAGGCUUCUCUUUGAAGUGAAAAAAGACACUCAUGGAAAUAUGUUCUUACAUGAAUUGAACAAAGCCAUUGGAGCUUACAGACAGAGGGCUCAUCUGGUGGGUAUGCCUGAAUUUGAGUGGCUGAAGAGAUAUCAGGAGCUGACUGGAAGGAAAAGUUUUUCAAACAAAGAUGGCUGGCCUUGGAGUCACAUUGAAGAAGCAAGUUCUAAUGGACCAGAAUUUGUUACAGCCACUGAAUCCAAAGUUGAUGAAGGAUCCCUGGAUGCGUUUGGAAUGCCAGGUUUUUCACCAUCCCCUACCAUCCACCCAUCAUUUUCAUCAGCAAGUCUUACUGCAUCUGAUGAAGUGGAUAAAGGUAUGGCCAACUCACCAGCUUUAACCAGGAGAUCCAUCCUUCCAACUAGUAUUGGUGCCAGAGAUGGGUUUAUUAAGCUCCACAUGGCUGCAAGGGAGGAAGAGUACACCCACGUAAAAACACUAAAGAUCUUUGUUGGGUCAUGGAAUGUUAAUGGUCAGUAUCCUGCAGAGGAUGUUACACCUUGGCUAGCAGUUAAUAAAGAUCCUCCUGACGUUUUCUGCCUAGGUUUUCAAGAACUUGAUCUCAGUGCUGAGACACUGUUAAAGAAUGUUACUCCUAGAGAGGAUGAAUGGCUUAAAAUUUCAGAGAAAGGACGCAGAUACACAACACCAGUAUUUGUUUUGUGAAUUCACAUCUAGCAGCUCACACAGAAGAAUUUGAAAGAAGGAACCAGGACUAUCGAGAUAUUCUAAUCAAGCUGGAGUUUAAUGGAGCCGAUGGGUCUCUUUGUAUUACUGAUCAUGAUGCAGUGUUCUGGUUAGGAGAUCUAAAUUACAGAAUUAGCGAAAUGGAUUCUGAUUUGGUAAGAAGACUAGCAGAUACAGGGAAGUAUGACGAACUCUUAGAGAAUGACCAACUAAUCAAACAAAGAUCUGAGAAGAAAUGCUUUAAUGGUUUCAAAGAGGGCAAGAUCAAGUUCAAACCAACGUACAAAUAUGAUCCUGGGACAGACAACUGGGACACAAGUGAGAAAGGUCGCGCACCUGCCUGGUGUGACCGUAUCUUAUGGAGAGGAUCUCAAGUUAAACAGCUGGAAUAUCGUAGUCAUAAUUUACUUAAUUAUUUUCAAAGAUAUCCAGUUUCUUGAGAAACAGACGGCUACCUUGGAAGUUGAGAAUAUUGGACAGGUUGGUAGCGUUUACUGUUUACGAUGUAAUGUUAACGACCUUUUGAUUGAUCGACAGGUACCAGCGCAGUUUGCUUUCAUAGCUAAGUUAGAUGAGACUAGGUAUUGUAAACCUUGGUUGUCGGUCAAGCCUCCUUUGGGAAUUAUAUCUAAAGGAUCCACGUUACAAGUCCGCUUGACUGUUCAUGUUGAUAAAGAAUCUGCCGGAGCCAUGAACUCUGGAGACGAGAAACUUGAAGAUAUUCUCGUCCUACACUUGGAAGGAGGAAAGGACUUUUUUGUGUCAGUUAGUGGUAACUAUCUUCCUAGCGUGUUUGGUUCGUCUAUUGAGGCAUUAGUGCGCAUGUACGGACCUAUCAGGGAAGUUCCCGUUGCAACACUAGUAGAUUUGGAGCACAUCAAUACAUCAAAUCCUUCGACGCUCUCGGAUAACCAGCCGCUAGACAUUCCAAAAGAGCUAUGGCUUCUUACAGAUCACUUGUAUAACUUUGGCAUGCGUAAGGAGAAUUUAUUGAAGCAGUCUGGAUUCGAGAAAGAUCUGGAAGAGAUCAGGACACAUUUAGACUGUUGUCGAGGUGGCAAACUGCCUGGUAGCGUUUACUCUAUAGCAGAAGCUUUACUUAUUUUCUUGGAAGCCCUACCGGAACCUGUGAUUCCGUAUGCGUUUUAUCAGAGAGCGCUUGAAUGUUGUAACAACUACAUGCUUUGUAAACAGGUAAUUCUUCAAAUCCCUAAGAGCCAUCGGAAUGUGUUCACAUACAUCAGUGCCUUCCUGAGAGAGCUGCUACGACAUUCCAAUGACAAUAAACUGGACGCCAAAACUCUGGCUACUUUGUUUGGUACCUUGUUCCUAAGAGCCCCCAGAAAUAAAGAGGCGGGGCUCAGCAGGAGAUCUGUCAAUCAAUUGACGCAGAAGAAAGCGCGUUUCAUGUACAACUUCCUGAUCAACGAAUUUGGACCGGACUGAGCCCGCGAUGGGUGCAAUCUGCAGCAGUCAGCUCCAGUUUCUUUGUACUCUUGUGUAAAGUUGUUAGUAUAUUAUAUAUUCCACAAUAGCUAUAUUUCAUGAUAGUUUAUUUUUUGGGGGUUUGCUGUCCUUUAAAAAGGUAUUUUAUUAAAUAACAGCUUUAUUUUUUAUCAUAUGAUUUGUAAAUAGUUAGUUACUUCAACGCAAUGUUUGAUUUACACUUCAACACCGUUGUGGAAAAAUGUUUGAAGAAUCCACAUCUAAGUUAUAGUAGAGGUUAUACUUAGAAAUUUUAAGCUCUCUUGUAAAUUUUGGAAUUUUGUGCUUUCAAGAAACCCUGAAUAAUGUAAUGAUGGCAAAUAUUGAUUCGCUUUACAAAUAGAUAGGUGGGGCCAUCCGUUUUAUUAGUAUUUGUAUCCACUGUUGUCGGGAUUGUUUUUCUCUUGUAGUGUGUUACAUUUCCUCAAUCAAUUGAAAAACGCUUCAUGUCCUUCUUGCUUUUCUUUUUUUCAUCCUCAAUGGUGAAUGUUGUCGUCUUGGUUUUGGUAGUGAAAGGAUCAGGACAUCUCUCGGAUAAAUAUCCUCAACGUUCUCAUUACCGUUUUCUCACUUGUGACGUGACUAUAAAAUCCUAUGUCGACUUGUAUUUAGGCCUCUCUCCCUCCUUGUUCCUCAUUUUUUCUUUCUGUUUGUGUGUUGAGACAUUUUGAAGGAAAGAACCACAGUUUUUGUCGUUAUUUUUUUGGCAUCUAUUUACUGACUUGACAACAAAGAAAUGCUUUGAGGCUAAAAUUACCCUCGGGCUUAACAAGACGAGCCAACGUUGACACAAAUAAGUUAUUUUUGUUCAACAUUCUGGAAACAUUCACACGAGUCAUGAAAUAUUCUUUGCAGUCAUUCGGUGUUUUUCGAGACUAAAGUCAGCUGGGAAAGCUCAGUAGAGAUUGUAUGACAGUUCACAUUUUUACGUUAUCAACGAGAAUCUAUUCAAGCGACGAGUAAGAUUGCGUUUGGAUAAGAAAAUUAAUUUUUCUACUGAAUUUUGUGCCCACCGAUGCGGAGAAAACCCUAAAUAUUUUUCACCCUAGUUAUUUUGAGUCAUUAUCCAUCUACACUCUGACAUUAUUAGAUUUCUUCUUAGUAUGUUAAGUUUAAUAGUUUUCCGUCAAUAGUAAAAUGUAACAUGAAACUGUUAGAUCUGCUAAAUUUUGUAGGUUAGCAAUAUUGCAUGAUUUGCAAUAUAUUGCAAAAGCGUAAUUUUUCGAAAAGCCCAUAAUUUUAUUCUCAAUGCUACGUAAGGGUGAAGGUUUCUGGGCUUUCCUCCGGAGUAAUAGUUUUACUUAAAAAGUAAACAUUGAAUUAUGAAAUGAAAUGAUUUUAUUAUUAUUUUAAUUACGAAUUAACAUUACUUAAAAUAUUGCAAUGUUUUCCCGGGCGCAAUACAUAAAGAUUUGACACAAAUCAUGCAGUAUAAACAGUGUAGGCAUUAUUCAAAUUAAAUGCACGAGAAUACGUAAAAGUUCUGCAA